CAGAGUGGCUGAGCGAGUGCCCAGUUGGCCACCUCGGAGGCCGCAGCUCUUCGCUCACCUGUCAGCAGCGGACAGCCGACCCCGCGUUUGUUUGGUCGCCGCCACGUUGUGCCAUGGGCACCGGCGCCAGCCGAGGCGAGGGUGGCGUUGGUGGCGUCUCCAGCAGCGGCGACCUGCGCCUGCCUGGAGUCCAGCUGCGCUUCUCCAGGCCACAGCUGCGGGCCGCCGGGUGCCUGCUGGAGGACAUGCGCCGCCAGGACCCAGCGCACGGGGAGAGGCUGUCCUCCGGGGUGACGGUGCUGGUGGAGCGGCUGGUGCAGCGGCUGGUGGCGGGCGCCGGCAGUCUGGAUCCGCGGUUCGCCGCUCGCUUCCUCGCCACCUUCGACACGGCCACGCAGCGAGCUCAGGGCGCGGGCCGCGGCCGCUGCGAGUACCUGGUGCGCCUGGACGCGCUGUCGUGGCCGCCGCCGUACCCGCCGCGCGAAGAGGAGGAGGGGGAGGGAGAGGCGGAGGGGGAGGCGCAGGCGACGCCGCCGUGCCGGCCGGAGGCGGGCGCCGCGACGCCCGCGGGCUUCGUGCGGCUGCGGCUGCAGGGCUCCGCGCGGCGCCGCUGGGCCGACCUCGCCAGCGCCGACGGCUUCCUGAGGAGGGACCGCGUGCAGGAGCGUUUCGUGGGGUUGCUGGCGCGCGCCGCUGCCAGGGGGCCGGAGCCGUCGCGGCCCGCCGCCGUCGACGAGUCUCGCCUCUGCGGCUGCCCUGGCAAGCUGGUGGACGUGGGCGCGCUGCACGCCCUGGCUCACACGCCGCCCCGCCAGCAGCUGUACUACGGCGCAGAGGACUGCAGUCAGAGUCGUUUCCCGGAGCCACGUGACUUCCGGAUCGCAAUCGUAGAGGGCGCGCCGGAGGUGCGGCUGCGCGUCGGCCUGGAGCAGCUGGGCCACGGCGCAUGCGCGGCCGAUGUGGAGGUACGGUUGCUGCUCGCCGUGGGAUUCCCUGGCUGGCCGGCCACGGCGGCGGCCGACGGCCGGGACUUCCCCCAUCGGGUCUCGCUGGCCCAUCCCGACUGCUUGGUCUACCUGGAGGCCGCCACCACGGGCUUCUAUGCGGUGCCAGGCCCGCCGCACCCGUCACUGCGCUGCGAGGAGCGCUCCACCGUGUGGCAGCUGCGGGUGCCAGCUGCGGAGCUGUCGCUCAGCUGCCACUACGCCCCACGCAGCGCCCCUGGCUGCGCCCUCGCAGCUGCAGAGGCCGUGCUGCGACACCUCAGGGCCAGGCUGCCGCACAUGUCGCUGCGCGUGGCCAGCCGGCCCAUGCUGCGCUGCCUGCUGCUGCGGCUGCUGGAGGCGGACGCCGGCGACUGGCCCCUGGGCGAGUGGCCGCGCGCGGCGCUGCGCCUGCUGGACGCGCUGGCCGGCGCGCUGUCGUCGCGGCGCCUGCCCUGCUUCUUCCUGCCCGGCCUGGACCUGCUGCUGCACGCGCCCUGGGCGGGGGGCGGCGCCGCCGCGGCCGCCCUGUGCGAGGAGGACUGCCAGCAGGACGCCGACGUGCUGCGCGCCUUCCUGCACCAGCUGCACGCCGAGGCGCGGCUGGCGGCUGCAGCCGACGACGACGCGGACGACGACUGCUCGUGGGAGGAGCGCGUGGAGGCGGUGCUGGCGCGCGGCUGGCUGUGGGUGCAGCGCUCUCUGGGGCCCCCGCCGCCCCGGCGCCGCCACGCCGCCGACCACUACUCGGCGCGCCAGCUGGACUACAUCGCGCUGCUGCUCAGGCACCUGCUGCGCGCCCACCAGCUGCUCGUCCACGCGGAUGGCCGGCUGCCCGGAGAGCAGCGAGACUGCGGGGGGCGGGAGAGCGUGGCGGCGGGUGCCUCCGACCCGCGCGAGGAGCUGUCCUUCCUGGUGUGCACCGUGGCGCGGCAGGCCCGCCGGCUGGCCGGCGGCGCAGCGGACGAGGCGAGUCUGGCGGCGCUGGCGGAGCAGGUGCGCCGUCGCGACGCCGCGGGCGACCUGCGCGACGACGCCGUCAUGGUGCGCGAGGUGCUGCGCUGGCUGCACCGGGCGCAGCCAGAGUCCUCACUGCGGCCCUACUUGCAGCGGCUCUUCCUCACCUCCAGCCGCAACGCCUGGCUGCUGCCACAGUGGCGCCGCCGGUGUGCUGAGCUGGAACGACGCUCGCUCCGCACCUUCUGUGCACAGGUGUGCACGGAGCCGGCAGCGGAUGCCGGGGCGGUGCUGCGGCUGGAGGCGAGCCGGGGGCGGCGGUGGGCGGCCGAAGCGGCGGGGGCGGCGCGCGCGCUCUCCGCCGGCGUCACGGCGGGGCUUCCCCUGGGAGCAGGGGAAGGGUUGUGGCAGAGUACGGGGAGGCCCGCCUCGCCACGCACCUCGCCGCAGCGCGCCCGCCUGGAGGCUCCGCGUGACGUCACGACGAGUGGCUGGAGCGGGCGGCAUCGACCCGGCGCUGGAGCCGCAAAAUUUCAUUACGGGCUGCCCGGCCGCACCGCGCCAUUGUGCGGUGCGGCAGUCAGCGGGUCGGUGGGCCAGCGGGCGCCGCCCCUGGGGGCUGACAUGACGAGAGCGCUCGCGUUGUGUCGUGCAGGAGAGCAGGGCUACGAGGAGGUGUGGCGCCUUCUGCAGCCGGGGGCCGGCCCAGUGGAGGCGGCGUGGUGGACGGCGGGGGCGAUGGGUGCAGCGGGGGCGGCGCCGCUGCACUGCCGGCUGCGCGAUGCCAGCGCCUUCUCGCGGCUGGAGGAGCGGCGCCGGCGCUACGGCUUCCAGCGCGGCCUCGGGGACCUGCUGCCCGCCCUGCUCGACCUGCGCAAGUUCUCGGUGAGUCAUCAGUGA